GGAGGCUCCUCCUCUGUCCCGCCCAGCGCCCUAUUCCCGGGAUGAUGCGGACUCCGGGGCUCCUCGGCCUCAGGGGCUUCGUGGCCUUCGCUGCCAAACUCUGGAGCUUCGUCCUCUACUUACUCCGCCGGCAGUUCCGCACCAUUAUUCAAUACCAGACGGUGAGAUACGAUGUCCUGCCGCUCUCUCCGGCCUCUCGCAGUCGCCUCAGUCAGGUGAAACGGAAAGUUCUAGUUCUAGAUUUAGAUGAGACCCUGAUCCAUUCUCAUCAUGAUGGGGUGCUGCGCCCGACGGUACGACCUGGGACCCCCCCAGAUUUUAUACUUAAGGUUGUUAUAGACAAACACCCAGUGAGAUUCUUUGUACAUAAACGGCCACACGUGGAUUUCUUCCUGGAGGUGGUGAGUCAGUGGUAUGAGCUGGUGGUAUUCACAGCCAGUAUGGAGAUCUAUGGCUCUGCUGUGGCCGACAAGUUAGAUAACAACAAGGCAGUGCUCAGGAGAAGAUUCUACAGACAGCACUGUACCCUGGAACUGGGCAGUUACAUUAAGGACCUGUCUGUGGUGCACAGCGACCUCUCUAGUGUCGUCAUUCUGGACAACUCUCCGGGGGCCUACAGGAGUCACCCAGAUAACGCAAUUCCCAUAAAGUCGUGGUUCAGCGACCCCAGCGACACGGCCCUUUUGAAUCUGCUGCCGAUGUUGGACGCUCUAAGGUUCACAGCGGAUGUCCGGUCAGUUCUAAGCCGCAAUCUUCACCAGCACCGACUGUGGUGACAGUGACCCCCGCCCACCCCUCUCCCCUGCCCCCUUUGCGCAUAUACAGACAGAGACUGUACCCCUCACUGAGGAAGGAGGAUACAGAGCUCCCUCUUUCUACCUCUUGGACACUUUAUGGGGAGGGUGGUAAUGAACUCUAAAAGCCCCUUCCAUCCCUUUUUUCAGGGGUUGGGGGUGUGUGGGGGGAAGGAGGGGCUGGUUUUUAAUUGCAGACUUUCUUGUAUAAAGAGAAUUAUUUCAAGUUA